CAUUGCCCUUUGUCCUCAUCGAUUUAUGAUAAAUAAAUUAGUAAAUCCUUCAUCUCUUUCAUCCUUCCCCCUUUCUCAUCUUUCCCUCAUUUUUUUCUCCCAAAGCGACUCCACCGUUUCGAUCUCCACUCACUCCCCACACACACGGGAAGGGGAGAGGAAAGUACCACCAAUUAGUGUACCACAAGGAGAGAAAGAAACAGUGGGAAUAUUUACUUACCAUAUAUACACAAAGUGGGGAUUUUCAUCUUUUUCUAUAAUUUUGGGGUAUGGCUUGUGCGAAGCAGAAAAGUGACCACAAUAAUGCAGCUUUUGUGAGAGGGUCGGUGGUGGUGUUGUUAUUAGGGAUAUGGUGUUUGUCAACCAUGCCUGUUGUCACAGCCAACAAAAAUGCUUACGCUACCAUGAUGUAUGUUGGAACCCCAAGGGACUAUGAGUUUUACAUCGCUAUACGCGUUCUUAUUAAAUCACUGGCUAAGCUCAAAGUUGAAGCAGAUCUUGUUGUCAUUGCUUCUGUUGAUGUUCCUAUUCGAUGGAUUCGAGCUCUUGAAAAGGAAGAUGGUGCGAAAGUAGUAAGAGUGGAAAACAUGGACAAUCCAUACAAGCAUCAAGAUAACUUUGACACGAGAUUUAAGUUAUCUUUGAACAAACUCUACGCGUGGAGCCUAGUGGACUAUGACAGGGUGGUCAUGCUGGACGCUGACAACCUAUUCCUUCAAAAAACAGACGAGUUGUUUGAAUGCGGACAAUUUUGUGCGGUCUUUAUCAAUCCUUGCAUUUUCCACACAGGCCUCUUCGUCUUACAGCCAUCAAUGGCCGUGUUCAAGGACAUGGUUGAUGAAUUACGAAAUGGGAGAGAAAAUCCAGAUGGUGCAGACCAGGGUUUCAUAGCUAGCUACUUCCCAGAGUUGCUUGAUAAGCCAUUGUUUCAUCCUACUCCAAAUGGCACCAAGCUUGAUGGAGCAUAUAGGCUUCCUUUAGGUUAUCAGAUGGAUGCUUCUUACUACUAUCUUAAACUUCGCUGGAACAUACCCUGUGGACCAAAUAGUGUGAUAACAUUCCCGGGGGCAGUAUGGUUGAAGCCAUGGUAUUGGUGGUCGUGGCCUGUCCUGCCGUUAGGCCUCCAGUGGCAUGAAAAACGUCGCGAAACUUUAGGUUAUAGUGCAGAGAUGGCUGUGAUACUUAUUCAAUCUGCAAUAUAUCUGGGAAUAAUAACAAUGACGCGUUUGGCUAGGCCAAGCCUCUCAAAGCUGUGCUAUAGGCGCUCUGAUAAGAACAUCAACUUGGUGCAGAAUACCCUCAAAUUAGUAGCUUUGUGGAGCAUCCUUGCUGCUUACUUAACACCGUUCUUUAUCAUUCCUCACACGGUUCACCCUCUGCUGGGCUGGCCUCUGUAUUUGCUUGGUGUUUUAGCACUAUGCUUAAUUGCAAUUAAUGCCUUUCUGCUGCCAAUGUUACCAGUUUUGGGACCUUGGCUUGGAAUUGUUGGGGCCUUAUUGGUCAUGGCAUUUCCUUGGUAUUCAAAUGGAAUAGUAAGAGCUUUGUCCGUCUUUGGUUAUGCAUUCUGUGCUGCACCAUUUUUGUGGGCUUCUAUGACUAGGAUAAUGGCAGGGCUUCAGCUAUCUCUGGAAAGGGAAGCAUUUAUGCCAAGAUUGGGAGAAUCUUCGCCACCUUCUUGGUUUAAUAAGUUAUAUUGAGCAUUGUAAUUGGGCAUGAUACAAUAGCUGUGACAAAGAAGGGCCUUCUUGACAAGCUCAUUGAAAAUUGAAGGGGCAUGAUACCCCACUUAUUGUACACAGAACCGAGAGUGGUCUUUUUUAUUCACUUUACUUGUUUGUGGGGGAGGAAGUGCCAUGGAUUUAGCACCAUUAAGACUUGUGGUUGAAAUUAUUCAUUCUUUUGGAGCAAGAGGGCCAUGUGGCACCUAAUAGGAGGAGGAAGACGGGGAAUUAUUGUGUAUAUAAGAUUGUUUUGCUAUUGUUCACAUACACCUGUAUUGUUUGCCUGAUUGGUUCAUGUAUUAAAAUUUGCAAUCUUGUUAGGCUUUGAGAUAAGAUCAGAAAGUUCCGCAUCAUUAGACCUUUUAAGAGCACCGAUUCUCUUCCCAAAUAUAGAAGGAAUCCUAUUGAUCUCAGUGGUAUAUCACCAUCGCCAUAACAUAUUAAUUACUUGACCAAAUGAGGGUCUCAAGGGAUGGCCUCAAUGAUCAAUAAUCAUAUGCAUGAUUGGUUAAAAACCGAAAAGAGAAAACGUGACAGUCUGGUCACUGUUACGAGUAUUGAUUGGUUCAC